GGUACUGGCUACUGAAUCGGAGCUCAUACUGCUGGGAUCUACUGUUGUUGGAGCUAAUGGUGUUGGUUGCAGCGGAGUAGCAGCUACUGUCAGAAUAUGCUGCUAUUGUUGGCUGCGGAAGCGGAGCUGCUAUCGCCGAGAUCUGCUGCUGCCGGAACUACUCCUACUGGGAAACCAAAUUGUUUCCGAGCCUUAUUGGGAAGUUCACAGGGUUUAAGGAGUACACUUCUUUAUGACUUUAUUCAUAUAAGGAGUACAACCAGCAGCACAAGGAUGUAGUCUGUAUGAGUAGCAGCAGCAUGAACUGGAUCAAGAAGACUUGAUGUUGAAGAUUCAAGAGUUGAUUCGUCUUGAACAUUCGAGAGUUUAUUGAUAUUUUAGCUAGUCAAGAAUAUCUUGUAGUAGCAUAAGGAUUUGGAUAAUGUUUUAUGGUUUCAAUUUGGUUGGAGUUUCAUGCUACAAGAAAGAGACUUUUCAAUUGUAUUGAUAUUUGUUUUGGUU